AUGAAGCUGAUCCUGUCUCUUGGCACUCUUUCCCUUUUAUUUAGUGGUUGCAAACUUUACCACUACAGGCUUGAGAAGUACCUAAUCUAGCUUCAUGGCGUUCACGAACUUGAACAUUGCCAAUGUCUAGGUAAUUUCUUAUCUUUUGUCGACCACCUCGACAUCAGUGAACUUCACUCUGCUGCUUUGGGGUAAAAGGAAGCGGUACUUACAUUUGAUACAGGCACCACAUUUAUCGGUACCAGAGCAGAGAAAGUACAGACUAUCACCAGGACCAGCAUUGCCACUAUGGAAAAUGAAGUGGCAAACUCCAAAGAGGGAUAAACUGGGCCACCAUUUGACAAAGGUCCACCAAGUAGAAGGCAACAUGACUAUUUUUUCAGAGUCCUCGCUCUUGACUCCUUCGCUUUCCUCUAGCUUGAAGACAUUUGGAUUAGCCUAAGCAUAAAACUGCUCGAGAGAGCAAAGAGCUAGGUCAGAGUCAUCUAUUUUCUAUCCAUGACUCAAGCACCUUAGGAGCAGCAAAAAACCCGAGUUUCCUAGAGGAUUCAAGUGGAUUCAAGCCUUAGUACUGUUGUCCUACCGUGUAGCCAGCAGUAUAGCUUAUACCACGGGCCAGUGAUAGCUUCCGAGAUGCAUUACAUGAGCAACACCAAAAAGGAUAGAGCCGAUACCACGCUUGAUGUGUUCAUCUCUCACCUUGAUGGUGGUUACCACUAUAAUCAACAAGCAACAUACCUCAAAAGCAAGUAAAGCUGCUGCAAACUAGAGGCCUGUACUCCUUAUUUCUUCUUCCUCCUAGAUUAGGAAGGUACCAACAAGGUCACCCUCCUUCACUUCGAAUGUUUUGUUGUUGUUUUCGUUGAAGAACUCACAUUCAAUGUGCCUCUGGGUGGAAGCGUAGUUUCUUGGUAGGGCUCAGCCGUCUGGUAUUUUCUAGCACGGAAUCAGUUCUAUGCACCCAUGAUAAUUCUUGCCUGUGGGAACUUGGAUUCACCAUUGAUGCAUGGCGCUAGUAUUUUGAACUCUUCCUUGACGAGUUUCAGUCAGGUUCUCUAACGUUUAAUUAUAAUCUUGAUUAUCUGA